CCCGCCGCCACGGCCACCGCGCACCCGCGGCCCCGGCACCGGCAAAUCCGGCCAGGAUGGCUCCUCAGAUCUAGAAAGGGAGACCAGAGCAGUGCCAGAAAUCCCCAUCCAAGUGGCAGUGGGAUUGGGAUAGAGGAAUUGCCAUGGGGAUGUCUGAAGCCAAGCCCCUCAGCAUCUCUUGCCUCGUGCUUUCCUUGCUUUCCUUGCACUGGGCUUUGCUCCAGCUGGGCCAGGCUUUCCCCAGCACCUCUGAGUACCUGCAGCGGGGCUGGCAGCGGCUGCUGGAGGAAGGGGAGGGCUGCACCGAGUGCCAGCCGGAGGAGUGCCCGGUGCCACGCGGGUGCCUGGCUGGCACAGUGCGGGAUGCCUGCGACUGCUGCUGGGAAUGUGCCAACCUGGAGGGACAGAUCUGUGACCUGGACAACACCAACCACUUCUACGGCAAGUGUGGGGAGCACCUGGAGUGCCGCCUGGACGCCGGGGACCUGCGGCACGGAGAGGUGCCCGAGCCCCAGUGCGCCUGCCUCUCCCAGCUGGCACUCUGCGGCUCUGACGGCAAAACCUACGCCCAGAUCUGCAGGUUCCUGGAGGCUGCCCGUGCCCACCCCGAUGCCAACCUCACUGUGGCCCAUGAAGGUCCCUGCGAGUCAGAGCCUCAGAUCACCUCUCCUCCCUAUGACACUUGGAACAUCACCGGGCAGGAUGUUGUCUUCGGCUGCGAGGUCUUUGCCUACCCCAUGGCAUCCAUUGAGUGGAGGAAGGAUGGCACAGAGAUGCUGCUGCCUGGAGAUGACCCCCACAUCUCUGUCCAGUUCAGAGGCGGCCCCCAGAAAUACGAAGUGACAGGCUGGCUGCAGAUCCAGGGCGUGCGGGUGACGGACGAGGGCACGUACCGCUGCUUCGCCAGGAACAGGGUGGGGGAGGCGGUGGCGUUGGCCAGCCUGACUGUCUUCACCCCAGACCAGCUCAACCUGACAGACUUCUCCCUGCCGAAGCCUCACAUGACACCUGAGGACUACGGGGAGAGUGAUGAGGACUACUACUAGCCCAGAGAUGGCGUGUCCAGCUGCAGAGAUCACCUUGCCCACAUCAACCCUUCCCUGGGCUUGGGGACAUCUCUGGAGCAAGCACCCUCAGCCCAAAACUCCUUCUCUGAACA